GCAAGACUGCAGAGAGAACCGAUCAGCGGUCAAAACAUCUUAUGGACUAGAGGGCUACUGAUAAUUUUCGUGCUCUUCUAAUGAGAUUGUGUUGCUGAGGACGUGGACAACAAACAUCAUGGGAGUUAAAGGAUUGAAAUCAUACAUAGAGGGAAAUAAUCUCUAUUUGAAAGACUGCCAUUUCAAAGGUAGCAAGUUAAUUAUCGAUGGGUGUAAUCUGUGCAAUGCUCUUUAUGAAGACUCAAAACAUGAUUUGAAGCAUGGCGGGGAUUAUAUAAUUUAUGAGAUUUUGGUCAGGAAGUUUUUUGCGGCUCUGACAAACUGCAACAUAGAGCCCUAUGUUAUCCUUGACGGAGGAAGCGACCACACUGACAAAAAACUGGAGACCCUCAAGCAACAUGCCCGACAAAGAAUCAAAACAGGCAAAGAUCUGUCUGUAGGGCGCCAAUGUUACGGUGGCGGUGUUAAACCAACACUCUUGAAAAUAGUUUUCAGACAGAUCCUCUGUCUUUUGAAGAUACCAUUUGUCCAGUGCAUGGAAGAGGCUGACUGGGAAAUUGCUGCUUUGGCCAAUCAGUGGAAUUGUCCAGUCCUAUCAAAUGAUAGUGACUUCUUCAUCUUUGAGCUAAAAGCAGGAGUUUUACCAAUUUCACAUUUUCAGUGGGACAAAGAUUCCACCCAGAAGUUUAUUCCAGCCAAGAGAUUUUUAGUCUCGAACUUCUACAAGUGUUUCCACAACCUGAGCAAGCAGUUUCUCCCUCUCUUUGCUGCCUUAGCAGGGAACGACUAUGUCAAUGUCACAAAACACACUAUCAGAUGGGAGGAAUUCUCCAGCUGCAGUGGAUACCAUGCCCGCCUCGAUGGCAUCCUCCAUUGGUUGUGUGGCUUCCAAAAUACCAAGGAAGCUAUUGGCGCUUUUCUUGACUGCCUCGGAGAUCAGAAGACCAGAGAUCAAGUACGAAAGGCCCUCACAACAUGUCAGAAAGAAUAUGAGCUGACAAAAAGCAACGUGGCCCAGUUCUUCUUGAAGGAUGUCGUCCCCAGCAAAUUGCCAGAGGAGCUGCAGAUCCUCCCCAAAUGGAUGCGGAUGCCACUGUGCAAGGGGAGAAUGGGUUCCACUCUCAUCGAUGCCCUGGUGUUGCAGAGAGUCCGACUGAGCGUGCAAGUUGAGAACUUUGACUUCCUCAGCUGCAAUGCGAUCUCAAGGCCUAUUCGUCAGGUGCUGUAUGGCCUUCUGUUGUCUGACCAGAAGCAGAGGGAGGACAGAAAGCCCAUAGUGGCCCAUGUGGAGCCAGGAGAGUGCUAUGUGGAAGAAUAUGACAGAGAGGGCUUGACUGUGACCUCUGUCUGGGUAAAGGCUGCUUGCCCGGUUAGUGGGAAGGAUCUACAUCUGGAAACACUGCACAAGGCCCCACGGGAGCAACGAGUGCAGGUCCUUUACGACACGCUUGGGGUGUCCAAACUCAUUUCAACACCCAUUGCAGCCAAAUUUCAGCUUCCUGUCUACGUCACAUGCUAUUGGCUCAGCAAAGCCGACCCACAGCCAAGUUUGGAGCACCUGUGGGCCCUGCUCCUGGGAUUUGUGUUUGGGGAGCUGGGCGGCCGAUACAAAGGCCAGACAGGCAUUGCGCUGGUGUGGAACCGACUAAACAACCUGCGGCGCCACACCACACCUGGAGGCCCAAACCUGCUGGCAGCUCACACCUACAGCCAAUGGCAGAACUGCAUGAAGGAUUCUUACCAACUCAACCAACUGCUGUGCCUUCCUAAGGCUGAAGUCUGGCCUCAUCCUGAAGUUGCACGGCUUUACUGCGGACCCUUGGUGCACGAGGCUGCAGCGAGGCUGAGGAGAGGCGCCACCCCAGAGUCCUUCCUCAGUGGGGGGCCAAUCCCCCUGCAGCUCUUCAGAGACCUCGAAUGCGCCGUGCUGGACUCCCUGGAUGAAGACGUCCGGGACAGGCUACAGAAAAGGUCGCCGCAGCAUCAGCCAAGGAGAAGAGCCCAAACUAUAGGUGGCGUGGAUGAACUGGCCCGACAACUCUAUCAGAUGUUUGACGGGGACGUGGAUGAAGAUGAUGAAGAUUGUGGUGGAAGGAGAGGCAAGGCGAAGUCUGAGGAUGAGGAAGACCACGUCCAGAUCCGCACCCGACACAAGAAGAAGAGCAGGGCUCUGCGAGAUUGCAGUCCUGGUAAACUGAAUAAGCGAGACAGAGUGAUGUGGGCCUAAGAGGCAGCAUGACCACACGCGUCAACUUUCAGAACGCCAUUUCUUAAAAGCACUUUUUAAAGUCUCCGAUGAUUGUAAUAUUUACCUUAGGAUGAAAACAUAAUGAAAUUAAUGUUAAUCUUUUAAUGUAUUUCAUGUGUUAAUCUUUUAAUGUAUUUUAAUGUUCUUAGACUUGUGAUUGAUAAUCUAUGUUCAUAGUUUUUGUUGUAUGAACUGAUUGACAUGAUGAUACAGGCAUGUAUGAUUGAAACGGUUUUAUACAUUAUGGUGUUUUUUUGGGGGUUUUUUGUACUUUUUAAAAAGUCUCUGGGAUUAAAAUAUUUACCUUAUGUGUGGCACUCUAGGUGAAGGCAUAAUAGAAUUAAUAUUUGCUAAUCUUUUAUGUAUUUUAAUCUAUUUUAAUGUUUUGUAAAUAAUAUAUUAUUAAUAUAUAUAAUGUAAUAUAUUAUGUUGUUUAGUUGAGUGCUGAAACUCUUUCAGAGCACUGUUCCAGAGUCUACGUGGCUGGAUUACUCAGACAAUUUGCGUACUUUGCACAGUACAAAAACAAUAGCUCCCAUAAACUCGUCAAAGUCAACAUUUUGGACUGCGCCUAUAAGAUUGAUUGAUUUUUUUAUCAAAAUGGCACUUUGAACUAAUGCCAAUCACAAAGGACAUAUAGCAAUUCAUUGUACAACUUGUGUGAGUGUGUGCGUCUCAAGCUUUACAGUCUAUGGUCUCAAGACUAUCUAGUGGUUUCUGUUUUAAGAGGUUUCUGUUCUUGGAGGCCAUGUCAUUUCAUUUUCAGAUUAUCAAAUUUUACAAUUUAGUUGUUUGUUUUCUGUCUUGGUAUUGAAGAAUUCAUCUCAAGACACCUCAUAUAAGGUUUAUUAAAACCUCAUAUAAGGUUUAUUAAAACAUUGAAUACAAGUUUAUUCUCAAUUAUUCUCAAUUCUCAGUUUAUUCUCACACACAGAGAAAUGUUUUCACAUGUA